UGUGGUAAAAAAAUUAUGACAAUAUAAUUUUUUUAUGACGUCGGUAUUGUUCAUUUAUCAGUGGUUGGUAAUAAAUCAACAAAUCAGUUUAUUUGGUAAAUAUUUCACCAAGUAAUGAUUCGGUUACUAUGGUUACGCUGUCAAACAAGUUUUCCGCAUAAAAGCCUGUAGAACUUUUCGUAAAUAAUUUACAAGAUGGAAAAGCAUGGAGUGGUUCCUGACGUUCUCGAUAUUGUUCCAAAACAUGUGGCCGAAGUUACGUACGACAAAGGUGUGAAAGUUCAGCUUGGAAAUAAAUUAACUCCUACUCAAGUGAAGAACCCACCCACUGUCAAAUGGGAUGCGGAAAAUGAUGCAUUUUACACGUUAUGCAUGACCGAUCCAGAUGCUCCUAGCAGAAAAACUCCAAAGUUUCGGGAAUGGCAUCAUUGGCUGGUCGUAAACAUUCCUGGAAACAACAUUGAUAAAGGGGACGUUAUUUCGGACUAUGUUGGUUCAGGUCCUCCGAAAGACACUGGGUUGCAUCGUUAUGUUAUUAUUGUCUAUAAACAACCUGGAAAGAUUACUUGUUCAGAGAAAAAAAUACCAAAUAAUUCUGGAGAUGGUCGUGGUAAAUUUUCUAUUAAAGGGUUUGCACAAAAGUAUAAUUUGGGUGAACCGAUCUCAGCGAAUUUUUAUCAAGCAGAAUGGGAUGAUUAUGUACCAACUUUGUACAAACAGUUGGGAAUGUAAUUAUUGUUUUUGUCGUAAAUUGUUGUGUAGGUUGUUUUAGUUUGGAAAUGUUAGUAUAAGUAUAGUGGAGUUUUUAUUAUUCGUUGUUACUG